AUGGGAGAAAAAUUAGAGGUUCCUAAAGGAAAUGGACCAUAUGUGUUUCGUAUACAUGGACAAGUGUAUCAUUGUACAUACUCCUUACAUCCAAAUGAAAAAGAGAGACGUAAAUAUGGUCAAUUGUAUAUAAUUGAUUCUCAUGAAGCUGUACAAGAAAGAUUGAAUAAUAAAUAUAACAACAAAUGUUUACCAAAAUUAUUGACAGAAAUAGAUAUUUUACUUAGAGAUAUUAAUCCGUUUGCUAAAGCAUUUAAAAUGAUGCGAGAUUUUGAAAUUGAAGAAAAUGAACGAGCAGAGUCUUUAAAUGUGCCUGUAAGAAAUAUUGAAAUGUGGAUUAAACGUGAUAGAUUAUUAAAUCAGAAACAAUUUAACAUUCCGCAUUGUAAUGAAGUAGCAAUAAUAUUUGUUAGUGAAGAUGGUGAACUUCCUAUGGAACGUGAUAUAUGUAUACAUCCAAAAGAUUCAAAAAGUAUUCCAAUUUCCAGUCUUAGUGCAAAUGUUGAUCCCAUGACGUAUCCUUUAAUGUUUCCUCGUGGUGAUCCUGGCUGGACUGUAAAUCUUAUGAAUACUAAGGGCACUCGUAAUGUCACUACUUUACAGUAUUACAUGUAUCGUCUUUCAUAUAGAAAAAAUUUUAAUCCAUGUUUAAGAUUAGGAAAAUUAACACAACAAUUUGUAGUUGAUGUAUGGUCAAAAGUAGAAGGUGAGCGUUUAAAAUACAUUCGUUUACAGCAAACUAAACUUAGAGCUGAACUAUAUUGUGGCUUAAUGGAUUAUAUAAAUAAUAAAGCAAAAGAUGAAAAUAUUCGACCAGGAAAAAUGGUUAUUUUACCCUCUACAUUUAUUGGAGGACCACGCGCUUAUUAA